AUGACCGAGAUCGACUCUUCACUUUUCGGCCAACCGAGCAAUCUACUCGCUGCGAAUGUCGCAUCAAAACUGUCAUCAUCUACCGAAAUAUCUCAAGAAGAGCCUAUGCUAAAUGGUCAUCUUUCAACUAAGCCGUUUGUCUUGGGCGGAUUACUCGGUGUUGCGUCGCACCAGACUACUGUCAGCGUACCCGGGUCCAGUGAUGCGGAACCAGCAGAUGAUCAGUCGUCUACUUUGUUUGCAUCUGAAAGACACCUCCAGGAAGAUCACUUUACCCCCAACGGUCUGCUCGCGGAGCAAACUUCUACCUUGGGUGGACUUUUGAGUGGGGAACGCCCUAUUGCUGUUGCGAGCGGCGCCGUGGAGACGGUAGCCGAUGCCCCCACGCUGAACGAAUCCUUUAUUCCAACUGGCCUGUUGUCAUCAACGUCCCAAUCGCAAGAUGAAGAAUUUCCUGACGUGUCAGACCUAUUACGACCUUACGUGAAUGCCAACGCUGCCGGGAGUUCCAGUGCGUCCACCACAUUGUGCGCGUCGACCUUCGAAGGGAAGGUGAUCUUCCUCAAGCGUAAGCCAAGACGAGGAGAAAAAAGUUCUUCCACGACAAGCAGCGCCGCUUCUAGCGCGCAAAAAUUCGGGAAAUUGCUUGAUGUUCCUAUACACCGUCUGCUCGACGACCUAUCUGUCACUGUGGCGGCCAAAUUGAGUUACCAGGAGGCAAACCCGGCGCCAGCAGUUCCAUCACGCCCCUCCACAAGUACAGACGCUUCCCUCUUGACUGACCGAUAUCGCCCAAAGCGCUUUACUGAACUCCUCGGUGACGACCGUGUGCACCGCGAGGUGAUGGCGUGGGUGAAGGAGUGGGACCACUGCGUGUUUGGUGGACGCAAGGGUCGCGGCCGCAAGCGUCCACGAGAAGAAGACAGUGCUGACGAGUGGCGACGACCAAAAGAGAAGCUGCUGCUCUUGUCCGGACCGCCUGGGUUGGGUAAGACGACACUCGCGCAUAUUGUGGCUCAGCAUGCGGGUUAUAGUGUAUUUGAAAUCAACGCUAGUGAUGCUCGAACAGCCCAAGUGGUCGAUGAUCGCAUACGUCCUGCAUUGGAGUCUGGCUCUGCCGUCGGUAGCUCAAAACCCAUCUUGGUGGUCGUCGACGAGAUCGAUGGUGCUACUGGCGGCACAGACAACUCUAGCGGAUUCAUCCAGAGACUCAUACAGCUGACGUAUGACAAGCCACGAAAGAAAGGCCGCAAACUUGACCCUAAGGCUUCUCGCCCACUGCUCCGCCCCAUCAUUUGCAUCUGCAAUGACCUAUAUGCGAGCUCUCUUGCGAAACUCCGUCCUCUCGCCAGAAUUGUGAGAUUCUCGCGUCCCAAUGACGUGCACUUGGUGCGACGUUUGCGGGACAUAUGCGAGACUGAAGGACUUCGUGCGGAAUCUAGGGCACUCACUACGCUCGUGGGCGUUUCCCAAGGUGAUCUCAGAGGAUGCCUGAACAUGCUUCAGUUCAUCAAGGCCCGAGGUAAGGAAGUUACUGAGCCAACUGUGCGUGCGGCAACUAUUGGCAUGAAAGGAGGGAAUACCUCGCCAUCUAGUGUGCUCAAUGAUCUCUUCGCACCUAUGUCACGAAAGCGAGCGAAGGAUCUUGGAAUUGGAGAAGAGGAGGAGGCACGGUAUGUCGGUCGUCUCAGCCGUGAGGUUGAGGAUAGCGGGUCUGUGGACAAGAUCGCACUAGGGUGUUUCGAGCACUACGCCAACUUGCACCAGCACGAUGGCAACUUUUCGCGAUACCUCAAGGGGAACGAGUGGCUUGGAACUUUCGACAUCAUGUCGGGCGAAAUGUGGUCAGAGCGGGAGUAUGCACUUCUGCAGUAUCUCCCAUAUACUCUCGUCCCUUUUUACCCGCUGUUCCAGGAGCGUGGCGGCCCGAGGGUAGAAAGGCCGAAAGCAGAUUGGGAGAAUUACGUCCAGACCAAGAUGAACGAAGAAAUCUACAAAUCCCUGGGGCGCAGUCUGCGUGCAGCUGCUGGUUUCCGACACUGUGGCGGCUUCAGGCAUCUCGCGAGCGACCAAAUUUUGCAACUCGAACUGGCACCAUUACUCAACAGGAUCAUCUCACCUCCUCUGCAUCCAGUCAACAGUCAGGUCAUCCGCCCACACGAGCGGGCGAUACUGAGCAGGCUGAUCGAUAUCAUGGUAGCUCUGGAGCUACGCUUCGUGCAAGAGAACGCAGAAGACGGCCAGCUCGUCUACAGACUGGACCCCCCGAUAGAUGUGUUCGUCACCUACGACGGCAAACGAGCCACUGACAUCUCCGUCUCGCGUUAUGCUCUCAGACACCUGGUUGCGGCAGAGAUUGAUGCACAGCUCGCCUCGCGACAAGUGGACACAAUCGAGAAUAAACGGAGUAAAGCAGAUUUCUUCAGCAGACGAAAGCGAAAGGCGUCUGAGAACGAGGAAGAGGUCGAAGCAGAGGGCGACGGCCAAUUAGUAGGCCGAGGGUCUAACGUUGUCGUGAACAAGCGAGCAAGGAAGGAUGACGCAGAACCUGCAGAGAAGGUCGCAACUGACUUCUUCGGACGACCUAUUAUACCGAAGACUAGCAACGAGACUCAGAAGUCAAGUGCUCCCGUAGUGAAAUACCAAGUCAAGUAUCGCUUCAAGGAGGGCAAUUCUUCGGCCGUGCGCAAGCCGGUCAAAGUCGGGGCUUUCUUGUGA